GAUCUUUACUCAAGCAAAGAGAAUGGAAAAACCAAGUCAGCACUACAUUACCCAGAAUGCAAUAGUAGGCAUAUUUCGCUGCGAUUGGAUGUUGGUCAGAUCGCGUGAGGAGCACGUAAAAGGAAAUCUCACUACUAAGAAAACGUUCAUUGAGAAUGAUGUCUGGACGUAGGGUGGUGGUUUUCCCCUCAGUGGCCGAGCUUGGAUGCACUCUGGCCCAGCUGGUGUCCUCUCGAGCAGAGAAAGCUCUCAGCACAGGUGCAAGCUUCUCUCUGGGUCUUUCAGGAGGGAGUUUGGUGUCCAUCCUGAGUAAGGAGCUGCCUGCUGUCCCAAACCUGGACUGCAGCAGAUGGCUCGUUGGGUUCUGCGAUGAGAGGCUCGUUCCAUUCACUGAUCCCGAGAGCACUUAUGGCUUAUAUAUGAAUCAGUUGUUUGGGAAAAUCAACAUUCCAGAAGAAAGGAUUUUGGCUAUAGAUCCUUGUUUACCUGUGCAAGAAUGUGCUGAGGACUAUGCUGGUAAACUGAGCAAGGCUUUUAACACGGAGCAAAUUCCAGUUUUUGACAUGUUGUUGCUGGGAAUGGGACCGGAUGGACACACCUGCUCUCUCUUUCCAGAUCACCCUUUAUUACAGGAAAGCCAGAGGACAGUGGCACCCAUCUCUGACUCCCCCAAACCACCGCCUCAGCGUGUCACUAUGACAUUACCCACAGUUAACGCUGCUCGAUGUGUAGUGUUCGUGUCAACUGGGGGCAGCAAAGCUCCUAUACUCAAGCAAGUAUUGGAGGGUGGAGAAGGCCCUGCGCUUCCAGCAGCUCUGGUGGCACCUGGACAGGGAGAGCUCUUCUGGCUGGUGGACGAGCCAGCAGCUGCCUCCCUCACGGCUCCGGUGGAGAGGCCAGGACCCGGAGCAAAGCUCUGAAUUUAGGAGACAGAACUUGUAAAAACACUGUUUGCAAAGAUUUUUUACAAUUAUCCUUACAUUAUAAUUACUGCAAUUAUCAUUACUACUGUAAAACUACGAUGGGAUCUAUGAAGUUUUUAGAAUCCAACUAAAUAUAUAUAUAAACAAUAAAGUAGUAAAACAAAUGUACACCUUUUUACUAGCAUAGCUUUAUUAUAACAUUGAAUCAGGAAACAUUUUGUUAGAUACAAUCUGAAUCUGUUAUUUAAAAAAACAAUUGACCAAAUCAUUUAAUUACUUUUUGGGAGGUUAAUUUCCUUUAUGCAAUUAUUCUAUUUUGGUUGUAUUUUAUUUGCCAUGGGAUAAAAAUAAAAAAAGCAAUUUUGACUUUUUA